AUGUGCGCCACGCCGGGGAUCCUGGUUCUCCUGGUGCUCGUACACCCAGGAGUCGGCCAAGUGAGAGAUGAUGAUGACUUCUUGAGCCUGAGCGAGCUCCCGGAGACCUUCCCCUCAGACCCGCCAGAGCCCUUACCUCACUUCCUGUUUGAACCUGAGGAAGGGUACAUUGUCAAGAAUAAGCCUGUCAAUCUCUACUGCAAAGCGACGCCUGCCACACAGAUUUACUUCAAGUGCAACAGCGAGUGGGUCCAUCAGAAGGACCACACUGUGGAGGAGAGGGUGGAUGAAAACUCAGGUCUGGUGGUAAGAGAAGCCAGUAUAGAAAUAACACGGCAGCAAGUGGAAGAGCUGUUUGGUCCCGAAGAUUACUGGUGUCAGUGUGUGGCCUGGAGCUCUGCUGGAACCACCAAAAGUCGCAAGGCACAUGUCCGCAUUGCAUACCUGAAGAAGUCAUUCGAACAGGAACCCUUGGGAAAGGAAGUAUCUCUGGAGCAGGAAGUGCUGCUACAGUGUCGCCCUCCAGAGGGCAUACCAGCUGCUGAGGUGGAGUGGUUGAAGAACGAGGAGAUAAUUGACCCAGCGGAGGACAGGAACUUUUACAUCACCAUCGACCACAACCUGAUCAUCAAACAGGCGCGUCUGUCUGACACAGCCAACUACACAUGUGUGGCUAAGAAUAUAGUGGCCAAAAGACGAAGCACCACGGCAACUGUUAUUGUUUAUGUGAAUGGUGGUUGGUCGACAUGGACGGAGUGGUCGGUGUGUAACAGCCGAUGUGGUCGAGGCUUCCAGAAACGAACCAGAAGCUGCACUAAUCCCGCCCCUCUCAAUGGAGGACUGCCCUGUGAUGGACAAGCCAUCCAAAAACUGUCCUGCACCACACUUUGCACCGUGGAUGGUGUGUGGACAGAGUGGAGUAAGUGGUCGGCCUGUGGGACAGAGUGUACCCAGUGGAGGAGGAGGGAGUGCAACAACCCAGCUCCUAAAAACGGAGGAAAGGACUGCGAGGGGCUCGUACUCCAGUCUCAGAACUGUACCGACGGACUCUGUAUGCAAACUUCAUUGUUUCAGAAGUCAUCUGAGUCCAAAGAAAAGACUGAUUUGGGAAUCCCAUCUGCUCCAAGUACAGAUGAUGUGGCGCUGUACGUGGGCAUUGUCAUCGCAGUGAUUAUGUGCCUGGUCAUCUCUGUCAUCGUGGCGCUCUUUGUCUACCGCAAGACACACCGUGACUUUGACUCAGUCAUCAUUGACACCUCAGCGCUCAAUGGAGGCUUCCAGUCUGUUAAUAUCAAAACAGCCAGAUCAGCUGAUCUACUGACGGCUCCUCCUGACUUGACGAAUGCGGCUGCCAUGUACCGUGGUCCAGUGUAUGCCCUCCAUGAUGUGUCAGAUAAAAUCCCAAUGACCAACUCCCCUCUCUUGGACCCUCUUCCCAACUUGAAGAUCAAAGUGUACAACUCCUCUGGUCUGGUCACACCGCAGGAUGACCUCGGAGGAGACUUCACAUCCAAACUGUCUCCUAAGGUAACUCAGUCUCUGUUGGAUAACAGUGACACCAUGAACCUCCGCAACCAGAGCUUAGCCCGCACAAGAGACCCCUCCUGCACAGCCCACGGGUCCUUCAACAACCAGGGAGGACACCUCAUCGUUCCGAAUUCUGGUGUGAGUUUGUUGGUUCCAGCGGGUGCUGUUCCUCAGGGUAGGGUGUACGAGAUGUAUGUGACUGUGCACAGAAAGGACAGCUUGAGACCCCCGGUCGAGGACAUCCAGACAGUGCUGAGCCCUGUGGUGAGUUGUGGACCUCCAGGAGCCCUGCUGACCAGACCAGUGAUCCUCACCAUCCACCACUGCGCUGACAAUGUCCAGGAAGACUGGCUCAUACAGCUGAAGAACCAACUGGCCAUGGGAGAGUGGGAGGAUGUGGUUGUCGUGGGAGAGGAAAACUUCACCACCCCCUGCUAUGUGCAGAUGGACUCAGAGGCAUGUCACAUCUUAACAGAGACACUGGGGACUUACUGCCUGGUGGGCCAAUCAAUGGGCAAGGCAGCCGCCAAGAGGCUCAAACUGGCUGUUUUUGGACCCGUCUCCUGCACAACAUUGGACUAUCACAUCAGGGUCUAUUGUCUGGAUGACACACAGGAUGCACUCAAGGAGGUUCUUCAGAUGGAGACCCAGAUGGGAGGGAAGCUUCUGGACGAGCCAAAGACUCUGAACUUUAAAGACAGCACACACAAUCUGAGACUGUCAAUCCACGACGUGCCACACACACACUGGAAGAGCAAGCUCAUCGCAAAGUAUCAGGAGAUCCCAUUUUACCAGGUGUGGAGCGGCGGUCAGAGAACUCUUCACUGCACCUUCACCCUGGAGAGACUGAGCCCAGCCACCACAGAGAUCAGCUGCAAACUGUGUGUACGGCAGGUGGAGGGAGAAGGACAGAUCUUUCAGCUCAGCAACACUUUGGAGGAGGAGGUCCAAUGCAUAGACACGUCCCUGAUGGACCCCGCCAGUAAUAUCACAACCUUAGUGGGGCCUAAUGCCUUCCGCAUUCCUUUAUCCAUCAGACAGAAGCUGUGUGGCAGUCUGGAUGCACCGCAGACCAGAGGCAAUGACUGGAGGAUGCUGGCCCACAAACUCAACCUUGACAGGUACCUGAAUUACUUUGCCACCAAGUCCAGUCCAACAGGUGUGAUCCUGGAUCUCUGGGAGGCCCAGCACUUUCCCGAUGGAGACCUAAAUGAACUGGCCGCUGUGUUGGAAGAGAUGGGUCGCCAUGACAGCACCCUCGCCUCCAUGACAACGGAACAUUGA